AAUUAAUGGACACUGGAUUAGGGUUUUCGAACAGGCGAAGAGCUUUGUAGAGUCUUAUUCCCACCAUUUUCUCCCGCAAACUCCAUCGCUCUCUCUUCCCUUGUUUCUCAAUCAAUGCCGGCUUCCAAGACAAUUCUAUUCAGGAGCCAUAUCAGAAAGAGAAAGAAUUGCCACAAGAAGAAAAAAACUGCUUCCAAAAAGCCAGCUUUUGAUGAUUGCAGAAAACAAGAAUCAGAAUCAGAAUCAGAAGAUGAUGGAUUCAGCUUGAAAGGCUCAGCACCAUCGCAUUCCCAUGGAGUGCAGCCUCUGGGAAACCUGUACUAUAGCUCCUCUCCCCACAAUUCCAGAAACACCGGCCUCGGUAAUCUCCAAACCCUAACUGACGAGCUUAUUCUCGACAUUCUAGCCCUUCUGGAAGGCCCCCAUUUGGGCGUUUUGUCAACUGUGAGUAAAGCUUUUUACGUUUUCUGUAACCAUGAGCCCCUUUGGAGGAAUCUUGUGUUGGAGGGCGAGGGAUUCUGUUUUACUGGGUCUUGGAAGUCUACUUUUGUUGAUGGUUAUAUGCCCUUUUUUGGGUUUCUCAGUAGUGGGUUGAAAGUUAGGGACUUUUACUCUGAUUAUUUGUUUCAGAGCUGGCUUUGUGCUAAUCUUGAAAUGAAACAUGAAUGGCUUGAAAGGGAUAAUAUUGUUAGGAGAAAGGGGAUUUCUGUUGAUGAGUUUGUUUUGAAUUUUGAGGAACCCAAUAAGCCAGUUUUGUUAGAAGGGUGUUUGGAUAAUUGGGGUGCACUUAAGAAAUGGGAUAGGGAUUAUUUGGUUGAGCUGUGUGGUGAUGUCGAAUUUGCAGUUGGGCCAGUGGAAAUGACUCUUGAAGAGUACUUUAGGUACUCGGAUCAAGCCAAGGAAGAACGGCCAUUAUAUCUGUUUGAUCCGAAGUUUGCAGAGAAAGUUCCCCAAUUGGGAUUGGAUUAUGAUGUUCCGGAGUACUUUAACGAGGAUUUGUUUAGUGUUUUGGGCAAGGAAAGGCCGGACUAUAGAUGGAUCAUAAUUGGUCCUGCGGGAUCUGGCUCUUCGUUCCAUAUAGACCCUAAUUCGACCUCAGCUUGGAAUGCCGUGAUCAAGGGUUCCAAGAAAUGGGUGUUGUUUCCGCCUGAUGUGGUGCCACCGGGCGUACAUCCUAGCCCAGAUGGUGCUGACGUGGCAAGCCCUGUUUCGAUUAUAGAGUGGUUCAUGAACUUCUAUGCUGCAACCAAAAAUUGGAAGAAGAAGCCCGUUGAGUGUGUUUGCAAUGCUGGAGAAGUAAUAUUCGUACCUAAUGGAUGGUGGCAUUUGGUUAUCAAUCUUGAAGAUUCUAUAGCAAUUACUCAGAAUUUCGUGAGCAGUAGGAACCUACUGAACGUCUUGGAUUUUCUCAAAAGGCCAAAUGCUUGCACUCUCGUGUCUGGAACUGAUGACCGGGUGAAUUUGCACGACAAGUUCAAGAACGCAAUCGAAGCAUCUCUACCCGGAACGAUCGAUCAUUUGACUCUGAAAGCAGAGGAGAAGAAGGCUCAGUCGAAAAAGCCUUCCUUCUGGGAAUCGGUGACGGAUUCAAAGGCAGGUGCUUUCAAGUUCUCUUUUUAAAGAAGUCCCCAAUGCCAAGCAAGAACACGAAAGUCCCGAGACUGUGCCAAUCUUUAACCAUCAAGUCAUUUCCCGUCGCUUAUAAUUCAAGGACGUGAGAAAGAAUCAACCCAGAGAGUUACCAUUCUCCUAUUCAUCUUAGAAACUGAUGAAUUCUUCUAAUUGGGAUCUUGAGUAAAGUUUUGUCACAUGAUAUCAAUUUCACCCAAUUUUUUUUACUGCAUCUGCAGAUAGGUUGUGUGCUGAUAUAUAUGUAGGUGGAGGGUGUAAUUGGAUUUGUAGUUGAUAGUAACAUUAUGCCAUUUUGUAUUCAUUAGUUAUGUAAACCGAUUGCAACUUUUACUUAUUGGUUAUGAAGUUUUUUUUUUUUUUUUUGGUUA